AUGUUCUCCGUCGUGGUUCCAGGCCGGCCGUGCCUCACAGAUAUCGUCGCUGUAGACAGCCAACCAAACGGCCAAGCCACCAAAUUCGCCUUCUCAAUCCCCGCCAAUCCCCCUUUCACCGACCUUGUCGUGUUCCUGCUCCCGGGCACCGUCUUCCCGCCGGACACCGGAGCCGCGAUCUAUAUCCAGACCCCCGACCCAUCAGGCUCCCCCACAGACUUCCGCUUCAUUGGCGCUCUCGCCAACGAGAAGCCUUCAGGCAUCUUUCCCGUCCAGAGCCCUCUUCCAACCCCCAAUGGCGCCCCCAGCACCGAGGCAGAGCAAGAAGACGAGAUGCUCGACGAGGGCGCCGCAGCCGGUGCCGCAGCCAAUGCCGUCAUAACCCUCGGUAUUUCAAUCGAGCCUGCGCAGAAUAUUGCGCCGCAGCUCGCCGCGCUGGAGGAAGAUGCGUCGCAGAAAGGCGCCCUCGUGCGCGUGCCGCAGGGCCAGGCGCAGCAGAAGCAGAUCUCGACAAAAGUGCUUGCGCAGCGGGUGAUUGGGAAUGCGUUCAAUUUCCUGGCGAGCUUUGCGGAGUCAGACCCGAAGAAACAGGGCCAUGAAGUCGUGUCGCUGAAGAGCUUCCGCGAUUGGUGGGCGAAGUUCGAGAGGCGGAUCGAUAUGGAUCCUACGUUCUUGGAGAGGGUGGAUCCUAAUGCGGAAGGAUAG